AUGCCGGCCGCAGUUGACACCGCAAAAACUAUUUCGAAGAAGCGCAAGAGAAAGCACGGUGGAAGCGCUCGCGAAGCGACCGAUAACGGAGAUGUUCCCUCUCCUGCACCCGAGACCAAGACCGAGGUCGCGACCAAGUCGACCAAGGACAAGGACAUCAAGCUUGCUAAGAAGAUCGUGAAGGAGGAGGCGCAAAAGAAGCGGAAAGUGAACCAUUCUUCUGGUGACGAAGACAGCGGGAGUGAAGAAGAGCAAGAGGAGGAGAUGGAGGAGGCUACUGCUGAGGAGAAGGAUGAGGAGGAGGAAAAGGAGUCUGGGGAUGAUAAUGUGCCCGAUCUUCCUUCUGUCGAUGCUGUUAGCCUGCCACAGCCUGAUGGGGGCCCCAAAAAGUUCACUGAGUUGAACCUGUCGGAGAAGACACUCCAGGGUAUUAAAGAGAUGGGAUUCGAGACGAUGACAGAGAUCCAACAGCGGACGAUUCCUCCGCUCCUUGCCGGUCGUGAUGUUCUUGGUGCUGCGAAGACGGGCUCCGGAAAGACACUUGCGUUUUUGAUCCCUGCCAUCGAGAUGCUCAGUGCGCUGCGAUUCAAGCCUAGGAACGGUACCGGUGUUCUUGUCGUUUCCCCGACGCGCGAGCUGGCGCUGCAGAUUUUUGGUGUGGCGAGGGAACUCCUCACGGCGCACAGCCAGACAUAUGGUAUUGUUAUCGGUGGCGCGAACCGACGAGCAGAGGCGGAGAAGCUUACAAAGGGUGUCAACCUGCUCAUUGCGACACCCGGUCGUUUGCUCGAUCACCUGCAAAACACCCCCGGCUUUGUGUUCAAGAAUUUGAAGACCCUGGUCAUCGACGAAGCGGACCGAAUCCUGGAAGUCGGUUUCGAAGAUGAAAUGCGCCAGAUCAUCAAGAUCCUGCCCAACGAGGACAGACAGACCAUGCUGUUUUCCGCCACCCAGACCACGAAAGUCGAGGAUUUGGCGCGGAUAUCGCUCCGACCGGGACCCCUGUACAUCAACGUCGACCACAGGAAGGAGCACAGCACAGUGGCGGGAUUAGAACAGGGAUACGUUAUCUGCGAGGCUGACAAGCGGUUUUUGCUACUCUUCUCCUUCCUCAAGCGCAACCUCAAGAAGAAGAUCAUUGUCUUCUUCUCCAGCUGCAACUGCGUGAAAUACCACGCCGAACUUCUCAACUACAUCGACCUUCCAGUCCUGGAUUUGCACGGAAAGCAGAAACAGCAAAAGCGAACCAACACUUUCUUCGAGUUUUGCAAUGCUAAACAAGGAGUCUUGAUCUGCACAGAUGUUGCCGCGCGAGGUCUCGAUAUUCCCGCUGUGGACUGGAUCAUCCAGUUUGAUCCCCCAGAUGACACGCGUGACUACAUUCACCGUGUCGGACGUACCGCCCGUGGAGCCAACGGCAAGGGCCGUAGUUUGAUGUUCCUGCAGCCGUCCGAAGUUGGGUUCCUGAAGUACCUCAAGGAAGCUCGAGUACCUGUCGUAGAGUUCGACUUCCCCGCCAAGAAGAUCGUCAACGUCCAGUCCCAGCUCGAGAAGCUGAUCAGCCAAAACUACUAUCUCAACAAGUCUGCCAAAGAAGGCUACCGCUCCUACCUCCAGGCCUACGCCUCCCACUCACUGCGUUCUGUCUUCGACGUCCACAAGCUCGAUCUCGUCAAGGUGGCAAAGGGCUUUGGUUUCCAAGCGCCACCACGUAUUGACAUCCAGCUUGGGUCUAGUCUGAGCCGGGACAAAAAGCAGCAGCAGCAGGGACGACGCAGCUACGGUAGUCAGCCAAAGGGGGGGCUGAAGUUUAAGAGGAAGCACGAGGAUGAUUAA